ACUGCCGACGCCAUGCGUGAGGUCAAGUUUACCUGUGGCACGACAGCCCUUGCAAAACGACUCUACAGUUCUUGCGUGGAGCACCACGCCUUCUUCCGACUUCGUGGGCCAGUACGCACAACCGCCUGUGAACCCUUCCCCUUUCCAACGGACACCCGUCUCGUACAGCUGCAUCUGGAUGGAGUUCGCACCUUCAGUGGGACGGUCUCGCGUGUUGGCACCCUGCCCCUCAACUCCCAACCGCCCUCCAGUCGCAGCCCCUGCCUAAAUCCUGCGAGGCCCUUCAGUGAACCGGAUAUUCGGGGUAUUCUGCGCAUUUUGUGCAUUGCCUCCACUCUUUUAUGCAGUCCUUUCUUUUCUCUCAGUCAGUCAGUGCAUUUAGAGUAA